AGAGGAGCCGUUGGACUGCUGGUUAGCUGGUGGACACGACAGUGAUGGAGGCAACGUCUCGCUGCAGCAGAAAAAGGCUCUGUGACGGAGCUGCUCUCCACCUGAACCAGAUUUCAGGCUGUAAGAGGAGGUACAAAGAGCAGGAGGAGGAGAUGAAGUUGAAGAGGCAAGAAAGAACUGGAAAGGAGAACAGAGAUCCAGGAGAACAUCUGCACAGGACCAGAAGAACCCAGAGCCGAAACGAAGACCAGAGGGUUUCAAAGACCAGAACCAGGACCAGAUCCACAGCUGGGCUUUCACCUGGAACUGCAUUCAGACCUGCAUAUGAGAUCCAGUCCUGCAGACCGGAGGUCAGAGUGGCUCUAAUCAAAAAGACCACGAUCCAGACCUCAGUCCAGGUUUUAGAUUACACUGACCCAGCACCCACUGAGACACAUCUGGACCAGAGCAAACCAACCACAACCAUGUCAGGGGUCAGGUCCAGAUCCACAGCGGUCUCUGAUGACUUCUCAGGGACUAGAACCACCAAAAAAAGGUCUGACAGACUUUGGGGUCCAGGAUCAUGCAGAGGAGAUGGGGCACCACCAAGGAUCAGGUCCAGUUCUCUGGGGGGCAGAACUGAGAUCAGGACCAAGAGAAGGAGGAAGAUCCACCCGUCUGCAUUCAGAGGCAGAGGUCAGCUUCGGCUGUCAAUCACUCCAGAGGGGGGACAGCUCGUCAUUCACAUCCACGAGGCCCGAAGGCUGAUGGGAAAGUCCUGCAGGUCAUGUGACUCGUAUGUGAAGCUGACUGUGACCUCUGACCUCCAUCGUGAUGUAAGGAUGAAAACUCAGUUGGUGCCAAACAACAAGAACCCAGAAUACAACCAAAGCUUCAAGAUGUGCAUCAGGAAGAGCCUACUCCCAAGCAGAGUGAUGAUCUCGGUGGUGAGACGUUUACCUGAAAUCCGGCGCAGUCAGCUGAUUGGCUGUAUGAGUUUUGGGAUUGGCUCUCUCAUGUCAUCCUCAAAGCUGAUGACUGGUUGGUUCUAUCUCCUGGGGGAGGAGUUUGGGCAGAGCAAACACCUGAGAGUGACAUCACCACAGAGCAGACCAAUAAGGAGCCCUGAGGGAGAGAUGGGGGAGAAGGGGGAAGCAUCUGGAGCAGAUCUCAGAAGGACUCCGGACUCAGUUCCGGAUGCUGACCUGAGCCACACCAACAGGACCAGCACAGUUGGCACAACCAACCAGCCCAACUGCACUACCUCAUCUUCAAGUGGACCCAAAGAGUCGACCCAACAGGGCCCGGCCUCCAGUCAGCCCCUCAGCCUCAGCUCGCCCAGCGUUAGCUACAGCAGCUACAUGUCCACGCUGUACGCCAACAACCUGAACCAGGAGAACCGGGGCGGCAGCACACAGAGGCUGAUGGUCAACAUUGUUCGAGGAAAAGAUGGCUUUGGAUUCACAAUCUGUUCUGAUUGUCCAGUCCGAGUCCAGGCUGUGGAUGCAGGAGGUCCUGCGCACAGGUCUGGACUCUGUCAAGGAGACUCUGUACUGCAGCUGAACGGACUUCCUGUAGAAACCUGGACUUGUGCUGACCUGGCACACGCUAUCAGGAGCUGUCCAACUCAAAUUGUGUUGGUGGUGUGGAGAGGCUUGCCUGAGUUUGGAUCAAGAUGUGAAGCUUUGCUCCGCCCACAAACUCACAACACGACCACAGGAAGCAAGCUACUGUCUCACCCCUCCCACAGCAAACAUGGCCGUCGGUGGGGACAGGGGCUUGGAGUCCGGUCCAGUUUGGGGGCUCUGGGUUCUCUAUGGAAGGAUAGAAAGGAGGACCAGAAGGAAGAUCAGGAAGAGGAAGACCAGGAACUGUACUCAUCUCACACCACCACGUUAAAGGGCACCCGUGUGACAUCAUCAAAUGGAGACAAUUACAUCAUUCUCUCACCUGUUAAUCCAGGAGAGCAGCUGCUGCAGCCGGUUUUCCAGGACCGGAAUGGGACGAUUGGUCGUCUGUACCAGACUCACCCCAGCAGAAGUCAGAACCUCCCCCACAAUCCUCGACCCUGGUCAAAACGGCGACCAUUCACUAGCCGCACCUCCACCCUUCCUCCUCCUCCAUCCAAAAUCUCCUCAUCAGUCCCAUCCAGUAACUACAGCAACUACCAGAACUGCACCAUCGUCCAAUCACAUCUGCCCCACUCUGGAUACGGACCCUACACCAGCCUGGCACCCAAAACUCUCAUCUUCCCCAUCUUUGUUCAGCCUCUGGAUCUCUGCAGCCCGAACAGAACCCUGCUUCUUUCAGAAGAAAUGAUCCUACACCAAGCUGACCUGCUGCCCACCAAGGUGACGGUGUUGAUCUACAGCGACCUGCUGUUGUUUACCAGAGAGGAUGAAGCUGGACGCUGUAAUGUCCUACAGAGUCCUCUGUACAUGAACACAGUCCAGCUCAGAGAAGUGCCAUCAGAACCGCUCCACAUCUACUUCCUGCAGAGCUCUCAGAGCUGCUGGCACUGUCUCUUCAGCUUGGAGGCGUUCAGCAUCGAGCAGAAGGUCCGAGUCAGCCUCUGUCUCCAUGACAACAUACAACUACAGCUGGUUGCCACAGAAACGAGACACAGCCACCAGCUCUCAGACCUCCCCUCAGAUUUCGGACACCUCUCUCUUGGACAGUCUGACCUCCUCUAUCAUCCUCCUUCUCCUUACUCCUCCCUCUCUGACCCCCACAGACCUCCUUCCCACUCUUAUUCCCCCAGAUCUUCCCUCUCUUGUUCCACUCCUCCUCCUCCUUCACCUGCCCCAUUUCCCACUACAUCACUGUACACCUCCUCCUCACCUCCCUCCAGAUUCGGCACCUCCCCACCUCAGUUUGUCUCUCUGCCGUCCUGCUCCUCUUCCUCCUCCUCUUCCACUCUGAGGAGUCCUGUCUGGAAGGAAAGAGGGGAAGCAGAGGAAGAGGAGAGGAGGAAGAGGAGACGAGAGGAGGAGGUGGAAGAGCGGCAGCAGGGGGAGGGGGAGAGCGCCUCAGAAACUUCAGAGAAUGUUGGAGGAGUCGUGGGGAGAGGCUUCCUGCUCAGCCCCCCCCACUUCAACCUGAGGGACGAAGAGGAAGAGGAGAGUGAUGAGGAGGAGGGAGGAGGUGAUGAAGAGUUUUUCACCUACAGACCUGCAGUUUUGCAGCGCUCUCUCUCUGAGGGUUCUCUGCUGCAGGAACCUCGAUCGCCCCGCUUCCUGUCUGACAGCACCAUCCACCGGCUGACCCGCACAGCAAACUUUAACUUCGGGCCUUCUUCAGGCUCCGUCCCCCAACCUCCCUCCCCCCAAACUCUGAGGAAACACCUGACCAGGGAGGGGACAUCUCUGCACCACAUGCUGCAGCUGCUCAAUGGCAACAAGGGUGGAGAGUCCAGAAAACGUCAGCUGAUAAAGAAGAACAAGAGUUUGGCUGCUGAUGUCCGGAGUCGCUUGGCAUUUCUGCGAAGAAGGAAAAAUGGUACCAGUAUCCAUGGUAACAGCUUGGAGAAAGCUUUAAAAAACAACAGACCACCUGCUGCAGAGGUGCUGAGGUGGGCCGACAGUCUGGAGGCUUUACUGGCCAAUCAAUAUGGUCUGGCAGUGUUUCGUCAUUUCCUGAGGUCAGAAUUCAGUGAGGAGAACCUUGACUUCUGGUUGGCUGUGGAGAGAUUUAAGAUGACACGCCCCUUCAGCAAGAUGACUGCCAGAGCUGGGAAAAUCUAUGAGGAGUUUAUUUCCACAAAUGCAGCCAGACAGGUCAACGUGGACUCAUCCGUCAGGGAUUCGACCAAUCACAACCUCUAUCUUGGUGUUCAUCCCGCCUCCUUCCAGCUGGCUCAGGAUCAGAUUUUCAGCCUAAUGGAGGCUGACAGUUACCCACGAUUCCUUAAGUCCCUCCUCUAUGCCCAGUUGGCCAAUCCAAGCACAGACACAGCCUUGGAGCCAACCAAUCUUAAGGAACCUGUUGGUCAGUCAUGAGGGAAGUGGGGAAAUGGAAUUAAAUGGUGGACAGAUUGGCUGAAUAUUGCCUCUUUAGCCAAACAGUUAAGGCCCAUCUACACAGCUGCAUGAUGGGAAAUGUAGGAUCCAGAGUUUGUGACUGCAGUUUUGUUGACGUUUGUCUCUCACAUGAACUAUUAUAUUGUCACAGAUAACAAAUGUUAGUUUGAUUUGAAUAAUUAUCCCACUAAGUCAGAUGUUUGUUGUUUAACUGAAACCUUUUUAAAUGUGUCAGUUUAGUGAAGUUUAACUGUCUGACAGGAAUCAACAUUAAAUUAGCCCCCUGAUUUGUUAUUGACUUUGACCUGAUGUUUAAUGUGACCGAAGCUCUUCCACGAUGAUGCUCCGACCAAUUCGACCAUCAGUGGGAUGCUGAUGAUAACUCUCUAAACUAACAAGAAGCUGUGAUGUUUAACACAAGACUUUUGGGGUUUUCUAACAAUGAGUUCAGAAAUCAUUUAACAUAUUAGUUGAAGUUCAUAAUGUUUUGUUUGACUGAUUAUUGAUUAUCUGGAAAACAGACAAGAGGCUGUUUUACAAU